AAGAAGUGCCUCGAAAAGGAAACGAGCGAGCAACAGGAGACAGGGAAGGCGUCCAACAAGGGGAGGGGGCAGCGACCAAUCGGACGGGCUAUCGGAGGGAGCAUGCAUCCAACCCACCACCAGUCCACCACCACGGCACCACCACCGGCCGCUCGCUCGCUGUUCAUCCGUUACACUAGCAGUAUAAAACAAAACCCUGUGCCCUCUCCUUUGCCGGCUCACUCCAUCCCUUCCUUCCUUCCUUCCUUCCAUUCUUCCUGUCUGCUCCACUUCCAUUGCUCGCUCUCGCUCACCCUCCUCCAUUGCCGUCGCCGUUUCGUUUCGCUUCGUCUCGUCUCGUCUCGUUUCGUUUGAGAGAGCGGUGAUAGGCGUAGUUGGCUAGGCGAAGGAAGGAAGGAAAGGAAGCGGUAUGCCGUGGGUGGCGACCGUCGUGCGGCGGGCGGUGUUCUUCGCCGUUGCUCUCCUGUGAUCUCGCCGCCGCCGGCCGCUCCGAUCGGCCCGGGUGGGCGACCCCUGCUUGGGAGCCGGCGUGCGCUUCGGGUUCAACCGGCCCGGAGGAGCCUCGACGCCGUCGUUUUGACAGGUGGCGCCGUCGCCUUCUACGCAACUUUUCCAGGCCUGCUGAAGCCCGAGACGUAGAGUGGGCCACUCUCCUUCCAAGCAACCUCAAACCCGAACCAAACUAACCGAAACACAAUUUUGGAUUCAACCACAAAAUAGCCAGCCUCCAUCUUCAGUUAACAAGAAUCUCUCGAGUUCUUGUUCAAUUCCUUGCAAUCCAAAGCCAGAAAACUCAGCAACACCUGCACGAGUGGUCGGUCCAAUGCAGGGAGACCCCGGGUACGGGUACGGUGGCUAUGGCGCCGGCGGGUACGGCGGCUACGGUGCCGGCGCCGGCGCUGGAGGCUACGGCUACGACAUUGCCGCCGCCAACGGCGGCGGAGGCGGCUACUACUCGGCGACCGACCGGUACCCUGCCGCGCCUGCUGCUGCCUAUGAGGACCCGCUGGCUGGUCAGAGGCAGCACGACUUCCCGGCGCCGCUCACAGGGCUCGAGUUCCAGCCGUCGGACACCUGCCCCAAGAACUACGUCAUCUUCGACCAGACGUACGACCGGAGCCGGGUGAUGUUCCACCCGUCUCUGGCAAACAACUUCGGCUCCUCCCCCGCCGGCGGAUACGACUACGGCAGCCACUGCUACGGUGGCUACGACCAGAGCUACUACCCCGGCGAGAGCGCCUACCACGGCUGCGGCGGUGACGAUGGCGCCGUCGGCGGCGGUGUCUCGGUCCGGCAGAAGGAGGACACCGACGAGAUCGACGCGCUGAUGAGCACGGAGGACGGCGACGACGAGGACGACGUGCUCAGCACGGGCCGCACGCCGGGCUGCCGCGCUGGUGGCUCCCCGGACUCCACGUGCUCGUCCGGCGGGUAUGCUGGCGGCGGCCGGAAGCACGAGACCGGCGGCGGUGAGAAGAAGAAGGAGCGGAUGAAGAAGAUGGUGCGGACGCUCAAGGGGAUCAUCCCCGGUGGCGACCGGAUGGACACGCCGGCCGUCCUCGACGAGGCCGUCAGGUACCUUAAGUCGCUCAAGGUGGAGGUCAAGAAGGCCGGCGCGCGUGGGUCAAGCAGCUAGCUAGCUUAGCUAUCCAGCGGCAACUGGUGGUAGUCUGGCUCUGGCAGUCAAAAUAGGAGUACGAGUAUCUCUCUGCGCAUCGGCAGAUAAGACGAGACGGCGAUCAUACACGCGGCGGCGGUGGCGACGACGACAACGACAGCCUCACAUUUUGAUUUUGGCAUCAGAUGCCAUUCUGUGUAUCUGACUACGUACCUUGUUGGCUACUCGACGGCGGUUUAGGAGAAGAUGAUGAUGGUCAAGGAGGCCAACGGUGAGCAGGCUUCGACAUCCAUGAGUGGUGGGGAGACAAGAGUGGUAAUGGAUUGGAGGAAUCUAAAUCCAAAUAGACAAGUUUUAUUAAAACCCAAGGAAAAGAAUUCAACAUCCAAUCUAAUUCAGUUUCAAACGACCAAUGUCCAAUCGAAUCCAAUUGCUUUAAAGUCCAAAUUCCAUUCCGGACGAUUCAAUUUAGCAAAAGUAUUAUGUUCAUAUGUUGACAUCAUGUUUGAAGCUACACCUUAGAACUAAAAUCUCACGUUCACACCUUCGAAUUUUGACACAAUUAACCAAAAUUGGUCAGAGAUUAUUCAGUAUAACAAUUCACUGCUUUGUGUAUAUACUAUGAUCAUGCCCGUGCGUUGCAACAAAAAAUAAAAUAAAAUAAUGAUAAUUGGAAUUUAAAUUUGUCAAUACUCCAUAAAAUGAUUCUUUAGCGUGAUGAAUGUUGCCCCAAAACUUUGCUAAGUGCAAGUAAAAUUUGAAUGAGAAAUAGUAGAACGCCAUAAAUUUAGUGGAUACAUUUCAGGGAAGAACUGCAGUCCUCUAAAAAGUGAGCCACCCACAGAGAACAACAACAAUGGUG